AUGAUUGACGUCCUUUCCACACAAACCACGGGAACGAACGAAAUUCGUUACGGCCUCAUGGUUCAGGGUGUCGCAGUGCCUCCCGCGAAGAUGACCGUCUACUCCACAGACCCCUGCGACCCGCUGGUUACCACCCCAAAGGUUCUCGUCCAGCUUUCGGGAAAGUGCACAUUCUUCUACGAACUUCCCAAUGAUGGACCUCGAAACCACAUGAACUCGUCUCGCAACAGAAUCCAGUGUUCGCUGCGGAUGUUACCCAAGAUCGAAUCAAUGGCGGAUAUGAAUUUUACGAGCACUGCUGGCUACCGUGCUGUCGGCGCUGGGUACAACUUGGAUCAGGAUUCAGCUGUCGUCCUGUCCGAUUUCAAUCUGAUUCGUGCUGAUGUUCAUGAGGUUUAUUCUGGUUCUGAGUGCCUGUCAGGCCCUCAGAUCAGCCAACUGCUGGAGAUCAGUCAGGAGGUCAACGAUCGGACGGUUCUGGAUGAGCCGCGAGAAUGGGCAGGUCUGGCAGCGUGGCGAAGUGCAGCGAUCCGCACAGACACGUUCUGGGGACCCAAAGGCUCGUCCGAUCCCCCAACCGCCUCUGACAGUUCCUGUGAUUCACCUUCCGGCACGGAAAACUAUUCAACCUCCUCUGUUGAUGAUGGAGCGAUUAAAGACCGCAGCGGCGGCGGUGGCGGCGACCCGGUGGCGUGGGAUCGGAUCGCGUUGCCUGCCACGCUGGCCGAGUGUGGUCGAAUGGUGCUCGAGUCGCCCGACCCGCGCGUUAAGAUCGCCGUCACGCACGCCGCGCACCGCUUGCCCGCCGGCGGCGCGGCGGUCGCAGGCGAGCCAGCGGCGGGGGCGGCGGCGGCGCCAGUUGGUGAGGCGACUGCCCCUUCGAAACCCGCCCGGCCUGCUCGACCAGAGCUGGUUCACCCGCGGGCAAUCCCCAAGCCCGGCCCCUCAUCCCGUUUACCCUGGCCAGCACACAUGCUGCACAAUCUAGCCCACGUGGAAUUGAACGCCAUUGACCUGGCAUGGGACACUGUUGUCAGAUUCUCCGCUCUAGGGGCGGAGGGGGAGGUGGAGGGGGAGGCGGGGGAGGUGGAGGGGGAGGUGGGGGACGAGGAGGGGGAGAGGGUGUGGAGUGGAGGGAGUGGGAGGGAUGAGGGGGAGGAAGAGGAGGAGGAGGAGGAGGAGGAGGAGGAGGAGGAGGAGGAGGAGGAGGAGGAGGAGGAGGAGGAGGGGGGAAGGGAGAGCUUGGGGCAAAAGUGGAAGCUUCCACGUCAGUUCUUUUUGGACUUUGUACACGUGGCAGAUGAUGAGAGCAGGCACCUGGCGUGGUGCUUGCAGCGACUGGAAGAGAUGGGGCACAGCUACGGGGAUAUGCCAGCUCACAACCUGCUCUGGAGGGACUGUGAGAAGUCGGCCAAUCACGUGCAAGACAGGCUGGCAGUCAUUCCCAUGGUGCAGGAGGCACGUGGGUUGGACGCGGGGCCACGGCUGGUGGAGAGGCUGGUGGGGCUGGGAGAUAACAGGAGUGCAGCGCUGGUGGCCAAGAUAGCCCAGGAGGAGGUGGCACACGUGGCAGUCGGGGUGGCGUGGUUUGUCUGGGUCUGCGAGCGCAUGGGCGUGGACCCACAGACGUCGUUUACCGGUGUGAUUUGCUCCCUGUGUGCGGAUGGGGUGAAGGGGCCGUUCAACCAUGCAGCCCGUGCCACUGCUGGGCUGCCACGCCAUUGGUACGACCCCCAACCACCCGCCACUGCUGCCUCAUUUGAUACAGUCACAUCUGGCUCUGCUGCUGACACACGUGCUUCAGUCACACGUGCUUCAGUCACACGUGCUGCAGUCACACCUGCUUUAGUCACGUCAGCUCAUGGCACUUCAGUGGAUUCAUCUGGAGGAGAAGGGGCAAUCGAGGGAGCUGGGGUGAUGGUGGAAAAAUGGCGCUCGGGGCAGCAAGAAGUGGGCAAGAAAUGGAGAAAGUUGAUGAGCGGGCAGGUGAACCGGGCAGCCCGAGAAAAGAUGCGGGACCAGCUGUAG